AUGGUGGAGUACUUCUCUCUCUUCGCUCUGUGGGUCGGAUUCAUCUGUCUCCUCCUGGUUCUCCUCAGACCAGAGAGACCCAAAAACUUCCCUCCCGGCCCGUCGGCGGUCGCCGUGUUUGGGAACGUUCUUCAGCUGAGUAUGAGCGACCCGAUGGCCGACCUGGAGCAGCUAUCGAAGCGCUAUGGAAACGUAUACAGUCUGUUUAUUGGGAGAAAGCCAGCUGUGUUGGUGCAUGGCCUCCAUGCCGUGAAGGAGGCUCUGGUCGCUCGUGCUGUGGAUUUUGCCGGAAGGCCACAAGGAACGCUGGCCAAUCAUGUGACAGACAGCAAAGGUCUAAUCAUGGCCAGUUACAAUGUUGUGUGGAGGGAACACAAACGGUUAGCACUGGCGACUCUCAGAAACUUUGGUCUUGGGAAGCAGUCCAUGGAAGAUUUGAUUUUGAAGGAGACGUCUCAUAUCUGUGAACACUUAGAAAAGAACGUUGGCAAGCUGCUGGAUCCGCAGGUCUUGAUUCGCAGUGCUGCCUCCAACAUAAUUUGCUCCAUUCUGUACGGACUGAGAUAUGAAUAUGAAGACGAGGUGCUGGACUUCUUCAUCAACAGCUUUCAGGAAAACGGAAAGAUGGCCAACAGCGCGUGGGCCGUGAUCUAUGACAGCUUUCCUCUGAUCAGGGGCCUACCGUUGCCCUUUCAGAAGGUUUUUAAAAACUACAACGCUCUUAAAAAGCAUACAGAGGCUAUAGUCGCCGAACACAAGAGGACCAGGAUCCCAGAGGAACCACGAGACGUCAUCGACUACUACCUUAACGAACUGGAAAAGCGAGGAAAGCAGGACUUCUCGUUGGAUGAAGAUCGAUUGGUUAUGCUCCUGCUAGAUCUCCAUUUCGCUGGUACUGAUACCAGCUCAAACACUAUUCUUACAGCCCUCCUCUACCUCGCCACCUACAGAGAUGCCCAAGUGCUUUGUCAGCAGGAGAUUGAUGCCGCCCUGGGGUCAAAAGGUCAGGUGUCAUUCGAGGACAGGCACCGGAUGCCCUUCGUGCAAGCCACCAUUCACGAGAUCCAGCGCCUGGCCAACAUCGCUCCACUCGGGGUGUUUCACGCCACCACUCGCAACACUCAGCUAAUGGGCUAUGACAUCCCCAAGGAUACUCUUGUUAUAACCAACCUAACGUCCGUGCUUCGUGAGGCCAGCCAAUGGCAACAUCCCUAUGACUUUUUCCCUUCCCACUUCCUAAACAAACAAGGAGAGUUUGUCAAACCAGAGGGCUUUCUGGCAUUUUCUGCAGGUCCACGCUCUUGUCUCGGAGAGCUCCUGGCACGGAUGGAGCUUUUCCUCAUCCUGGUCACGGUUCUGCGUCGCUUCAGUUUCAUCUGGCCCGUGGAGAGCGGGAUGCCCGACCUGUCCCCGGCGUUUGGCGGGAUCCAGUCCCCGAAGCCGUACAGACUGGUUGUCAGAUUGCGGAGGAAACAGGAAAGCUGA